UCAGAGGUUUUAACGGAAAUGUGUUCUAGCUCCGAGUGUUCAAUUACUUUUUACUGAAUCGCUCUGUGCUCCUGGAUUUUCAUAUUGUUUAGAUGUCCCCGAUGUAAAGAACACGAUUAAUACUGCAGCGUAGCGCUUCGUAAUUAGUCGCAGACGCCACGUCGCGAUGUUUUAACGUAUUAGGCUACACAUUAAUUGUUCUUUCGGAAGUACGUUUGCUUUUUUGUUUAUCGUCGCAUCAUGAAAAUACGGUGAGCUGAUUACUGCACUUCUGAUCACUGCUAGCAUUGAAAAGCAAACUAAGACUUUCGCUGGGCUACGCUUUGACGUGAUCAGACUGCGUACUCUCAUUCUGCUGUUUCAUCUGAACCCUCGUGCACAGGAUGAAGGUUUGGGCAGAGACCCCACGUGAUAGGGGCUGGUUGGUGGGGAUCAUCUUCUUCAUCCUGGGCCUCGGGACGCUGUUACCAUGGAACUUCUUCAUGACCGCCUCCAUGUAUUUCAACAGUCGCCUCAACAAGGCCGAGCUGAGCAAUGGCACGGUGGCAGCACGCAAAGAGUACUACUUCGACAACUGGAUGACGCUGCUGUCUCAGCUCCCCGUCCUCCUCUGUACUCUCCUCAACUCCUUCUUCUAUCAGCGGAUACCGGAGAUGGUGCGGCUGGCGGGCAGCAUGAUCUUCAUCUUCCUUCUCUUCGUCCUAACUGCGAUCCUGGUCAAGAUCCCCAUGGAGGAGGACCGCUUCUUCACUGUUACCAUGGUCACCAUCUGGUUCAUCAACUCAUUUGGAGCCGUGUUACAGGGCAGUCUAUUCGGCCUGGUGGGUCAGCUGCCUCAGAAGUACAGCACUUUGUUCAUGAGUGGCCAGGGACUGGCGGGUACCUUUGCAGCCAUCGCCAUGCUAAUCUCCAUAGCCAGUGACACGGACCCCGAGACCGCUGCGCUGGGCUACUUCAUCACUCCGUGCGUAGGGACCUUGGUCACGCUGAUCUGCUACCUCCUGUUGCCUCGUCUGGAGUUCGCCCAGUUCUACUUGGACAAGAACCGGAGCUACGAGGUGGAGACCACAGAUGUGCUGUUGAAAGAGAGCAGCACAGUGGACAACGAGAAGCCAAACGACCAAGCCAAUGGCCAUCCGCCACAUUUGGCUGCCAGUGACGAGAUGGUGGAGGGGACUACAGAAACCACUCCAAAUCAGGCCUUCGUACGCCUGGAACCGGCCGGAGACCGAGACAAGUCCAGCGUUAUGGAGGUGUUCAAAAAGAUAUGGGUGAAGGCCUUCUGCGUGACGUUCGUCUUCACCAUCACUCUUGCGGUGUUCCCCGCCAUCACCGUGGACGUAAAGACUAAGUUCCUUGGGAAAUGGGAGCCUUACUUCAUCCCCGUGUGCUGCUUCCUCCUCUUCAACGUGGGCGACUGGAUGGGCAGAACGGUCACCAGCCUGGUGCAGUGGCCCCCCAAGGAGAGCCGUCUGUUGCCGGUGCUGGUGGUGUCCCGGGUGGUCUUUGUGCCGUUGCUGAUGCUGUGUAACGUCCAGAAACGCUCCCACCUGCCCGUACUCUUCAACCAUGACGCCAUCUUCACCAUCUUCAUGGCGCUAUUCUCCCUCUCCAGCGGCUACUGCGUCUGCCUGUCCAUGUCAUACGCUCCACAGUUGGUGGCUCCAAAAGAUGCAGAGACAGCUGGGGCACUGAUGACUUUCUUCCUGGCACUGGGCCUCUCCCUUGGGGCUGCCUUGUCCUUCCUCCUGCGCCUACUUGUCUAGACACACACACCUCUUCACACAUUGUCAUGUUGCAAAGUGGGUUUGAAAUUUAUUGAAUAAUUUAAAUUUAUUUUGGUGACCAAUUCAAGAGAGAGGUUUGGUUAGGACUAAUAUAACUUUGGUUGCCUGAGUAAGGGAAUGAGGUGUGACACCAGUAGAGGCCUGAAUACAAACCUGAGUCAUGCCCUUUUGUGGCCCGAGAAGGUAUCAGCCUGGAGGCCACAAAAGCCCAGUUUGACUCUGAACGCAUUAAUUCAGGGCCACUUUUCACUGCGGAUGGAGAGUGUGGGGCCCUCUCUCAGGGAACCAAGACUUUAUUAAUGAGACAAAGGUUUUGGUCGGUCACGAUUCACUAACACAGAGGUGGAACACUAAUGUGGGUGGCCUUAAGGCAGCCUAUCCAAGGAAGCGUUCGUCAUGCCAACUAUAUCCAAGGACAACGGGAAACAUGCAAACAGCCUACACACCUGCUUUUCCUGAGCUGAUAAGUAUGCUUUAUGCCAAACCUGAAAAGGUAACAUUGAGGCAAUAAAACCUGAAGUGUGUUGUAAAACCCAAUAUGCUGAAGAACAAACACCUGCACUAGUCCUCAGCCUGUACUGCGACAUGUGAAGGGCUUUGCUGCUGUUGUGCACACAGUGCUUUGCACAGUGACCCUCCUUAGAUGCACCUUGAGGUAACUUAAAAGGGAAGAAGCUUGGAGACUAGGGUCCAAUAGGUCCUGAGUGUGACCUUUGGCGUGCAAACAAAAUGUAGUGUUCCAUGGAAUAAGGUCCAACAUAUAACAUCCACCAAGCACUCAAGUCAAAAAGGGAACAGCCAUAGCCUAACCCCCCCCCCCCCGACCCGUUGCUGUUAAAAUCUCACGGAGCGUUGUAUUUGCUUACUUGGGCAGCAACUUUUUUUCAGAUUAAGAAAAUAGGAUCUUAGAACGGGUACAAUUCAGGAGGAAAACCUUUCAGUUGGAAAACAACCUACAAAACAAGGCCAGAUCUACACCGGUUGCUCACCAAGAAGAGAGUUCAUUAACGUUGGUGUUCAAGGAACAGAUCUGACCGGCUGGAAAAAUCAACAGCAAGACAUACAAUUGACUGUCUACUCACACCUUGACAGAACUUUCAACAUUUGAAAAGAAAAACGCAAAAAAACUGCUUUUAACUAUGAUUAUCAGAUGUUGUCAUUGCCAGAGUUUGGUCUAACAUAUAUUGAACUCUCAUGAAGGUAUUAGUGUUUUAUAAGCAUUUAAACUAUGUUGGUUGUAGGCAUGCUACAGUUUUUUGAAUAUUCAGAAUUAAGUUGAUAUUGAAGUACGUGUGUGCAUUUUCUAAAUAGAAUUAAAAUACCGAUCUGGAAUUUAUACAAAACAAUUCCUUUGUUUUUUUGAAUAGUUUUUAUGACGCGUACGUUGUUGACAUUUUGCGCAUGAGGCAAGAUAGAAAACUUAAAUAAUUUAUAUUUACUUUGGAAGAAAAUUAUAAGUUUAUAAAAAGAAAUCCUAAGUUAGGCAUUAAAUUCUGAAUGUGGUUGGGCAUCAAGUGCACGUUAACGUUAUCCAAUAGCCUAAAGCCGGGUAUCUUAUCUAGCUAGCCUGUCUGGGAUUCUCUGUUCAAGAAUUGUUACACGUAGAUCAAAGUGGGUGAUACAAGUCAUCGUUUUAGGCUAGUACUGCUUUUCGCUUUCUGUCAUUCUGCGCGCUCUUCACAAAUAGUCCAUUUGUGGACUAGUCACCGGGUCCUUGACGCAGUAUAUAAUACUCCGGUUUUUAAAAUCAUAUAUUUUAAACAUCAAGAAGUUACAAUACUAUUUAAAUAAUACAAAUAUUUCCGAUGCCCAUCCAAAGUGGAUUGUUCUUCCAUAUUGCCGCUACUUCUAAAAUCAUUAUUGAAUCCUAUUCCAACCCACUUUGUACUGCAACACAAUGUGAAAAAAUGUAAUAUGUAGUAAAUAACUUAACCACAAUACCAGCCAGAGACUGAGUUUGCCCUCACCAUAUGGCUGGCAUGCACUUGACGCAACACGAAAUAACUGACAAUGCCUAUUUGAGACCAGGUUAAGGGAAUAAUGCUACAUGAAUGCUAGCUACCUGGGUUGCAGCUUGUGUACAUUAAUACUUUUUUUGUGUGUCAGUGGCUGUGCCUCUGAAUUUUUUUGCAUUGUCAAAUCUAAUUAUGUAUUAAAAAUAUGAUGAUUGGAUA